AUGGUCUCAGUCAGUCCUGGCGUGACCAUCGUCCUUGCCGCCAUUGCACUGCUCUUCAUCAUCUUCGCCGUUUGGGCCGUCUACGCCCACCUGAUGCCAUACCUACGACACCCCCGGUCCAGGCCUGUGCCGACGACGACGCUCCCUCCUAACACCACCCAGCCUGAUCUCAAGAACCGGCGGUCCGAAUUGACCCGAUCUCUCUAUGGCACGCCACGGUUGCUCUUCCAGGAGCCGCGGAACGACAUCUCCGACUACGACCUGAAGAACACUCGGUACUCGACGCAUGCGCUGGACUAUUCUAGACCUCCUUCCUUCUCCUUUCCGUUUUCGGCCCCGGCCUCGUCCAGUGGUAAGGACAAGGAGAUGGACAAGGAGAAAUACAAAGAUAGAGACGGAGACAAGGACAGAAACAGAGACAGAGACAACCAUUCGUCCCAGGCCGGAGAGCAUUCUCGGUCGCGGUCACGCUCUGGCUCACACUCCCGCUCACAGAGUCGACCUCGCCCUCAGACGCGAGGCAUGGCGGACCUCCGCACGUCAUUAUACUCGGAGCCGGGCCUCCUUCAAACUGACGCGCGCAGCUCUACAUAUAACCUCAUUCUCGAUGUGCCCGACAGCAUUACCAGUGCGGCUCCCUCCAGACCGAAAUCUCGACGCUACGAUUCCUCUACGAGCAUCAAGUCUCAAACGCGAAUGCCCACGCGAUCCCGAUCCCGGUCACGAUCCCAAUCCCAAUCCCAGAGACGCAGAUCUGCCCCGCUGCUGGCCGACGUGCUGGCCCAAGAUCUGUCCUUUACCAUGCCCAGUUCUAGUUCUCAAAAUACUUCGUCCACCGACUUGACGCCAUUGUCGCCCUCUGCGCAUGUGCCUGUGCCCAUCGUUUCGGCCACCACCUUCCUCACCAGCUCCAGGCACUCGCUGCCCAAUAUGGGCGGAUACUUUGCCUCGGUCUCCCCGAUGAACCCAAGUCCAAGUCUGAGUGCGAGUACGAGUACCAAACGGUCGCGGUCGCGGUCGCGCUAUGCCAGUGGCGAAACCACUCUAGGGAGCCGCACGCCUCCUGCGGGCAUGUCGGCCCGGACUUCUACUACUCUGUCCAUGUCUAUGUCCAUGUCUAUGUCCAUGUCAAUCUCGUCGGCCGUUCCUCCAUUGCCGGGAGAGAUUGAUACAAAGGUCGGUGUCACGUCUGGUGGUCAUGAAGUAUGUCGAGUGGAGGAAUCGAAAUGA